AGAGAGAGGCUAUCUGUCCGUGCUGAACUUUUUCUCCUCUAGAAGUUUUUGUGCGCGCGCUCAGCCGGCAACACCGCGCGCACUUCACCAUGAAGUCUCCGCAUGUCCUCGCGCUGUUUCCGCUGCUCCUCUGCCUCAGUUCCGCUCAGCACAGAGGUCUGUUCCCCGCUGUGUUGAAUCUGGCCUCCAUGGCUAAGAUCAGUGCGAAUGCUACGUGUGGAGAGAACGGACCUGAGACCUUCUGUAAGCUGGUGGAACAUGUCCCAGGACAACCGGUCCCAAACCCACAGUGUGGAGUGUGUAACCUGAGGAGUGAGAGGAUCUACGAGCGACACCCGAUCGAGUUCGCCAUCGACGGCACACACCGCUGGUGGCAGAGUCCCAGUAUAAAGAACGGCAUGGACUACCACUACAUCACCAUCACACUCGACUUACAGCAGGUGUUCCAGAUAGCAUACGUCAUCCUGAAGGCUGCAAACUCUCCACGGCCCGGGAACUGGAUCCUGGAGCGAUCUCUGGAUGGAGAAACCUUCAUGCCGUGGCAGUAUUACGCCAUCACAGAUACGGAAUGCAUCACACGCUUCAACAUCACCCCGAGAACUGGACCACCGGCUUACAAACAUGAUGAUGAGGUCAUCUGUACCUCAUUUUACUCCAAAAUCCACCCGCUGGAGAACGGAGAGAUCCACACGUCUCUGAUAAACGGCCGCCCGAGUGCCGAAGACCCGUCUCCAACACUGCUCAGCUUCACUACUGCUCGCUACAUCCGCUUCCGGUUUCUACGGAUACGAACUCUGAAUGCUGACCUCAUGACCCUGGCCCUUAAAGACCAGAGAGACGUGGACCGCAUCGUCACCAGACGGUAUUAUUACUCUAUAAAGGAUAUAUCUGUAGGAGGGAUGUGUAUCUGCUACGGUCAUGCCAAAGCCUGUCCUCUCAACACCCUGACCAAGAAACUGAGCUGUGAAUGUGAGCACAACACGUGUGGAGAGAGCUGUGACCGCUGUUGUCCCGGCUACAACCAGAAACCCUGGAUGGCUGGAACCUUCCUCACACGCCACGUCUGUGAGAAGUGUAACUGUCACAGGAAAUCAGAUGAAUGUUACUAUAACCAGACCGUAGCUGAUAUGAAACUCAGCUUGAACACUCGUGGUGAAUAUGAAGGAGGCGGAGUCUGUGUUGGUUGCUCUGACAACACCGCUGGGAUUAACUGUCAGUCAUGUGUUGAAGGGUUCUAUCGGCCGAGCCAGGUGAGUGCAGAUGACCUUCGACCCUGCCGACCCUGCUCAUGUGACCCCACAGGCUCCAUCUCUACAGUCUGUGUACCUGAUGAUACUCAGGCCAGUGCAGGGCUGUCUGCAGGUUGGUGCCGCUGUAAGCAGGGGUAUGCAGGUGAGAGGUGUGACAGGUGUGCUUUCGGCUACACUGGAUUUCCUGAGUGUCAGCGCUGCAACUGUAGUGUGGAGGGCAGCAUUAAUAAGGACCCUUGCCAGCUACCGUGUGUGUGUAAGGUGAAUGUUGAAGGAGAGAACUGUGAGCGAUGUAAAGUGGGGUAUUAUAAUCUCCAUGGCGACCGUUACGAGGGGUGUGAGAAGUGUUACUGCUCCGGAGUCUCCAGUGUGUGUGUGGAGUCUCAUUGGGAACACAUGAACGUCACUGACAUGCCCCGCUGGUAUCUGACCGGUACUCAAAGGGAGGGGAAAUUGUGGGUGGCCCCUGCUAUGGCCACGCCCAUUCGUGUGACAGUGAAUAAUAAGGAUGCUGAGGCUUUACACUUUACUCCACCCUAUUACUGGAAUGCUCCUGCUUCAUACCUGGGAAAGAAGAUUUUGGCGUAUGGAGGCUCUCUAACAUAUACAGUUUCCUGCGACGGAGACGAGCCAAUCAGAAUGACUGAAGGCUCUGAUGUCAUCAUUGAGGGCGGUGGCCUGCGUUUGACAGCUGUACACUCAGAGGUGUAUUCUGGUCUGCGACUGGCCGGCGUGGUGAGGAGGCGGGUCUCUCUGACACCGGAGAGUUUCCGUCACCUCGACUCCAACGCUGUGGUCAGUAAGAGUGACAUCAUCAGAGUGCUGCUGAGCAUCACACACAUCAGACUGAGAGCAGCACAUUGUCAACAACACAGUCUGUCCUCAGUCAGUAUGGAGGUUGCAUCUGCAGACUCUCAGUCUGGUGUUCAGGCCCGAGAGGUCGAGGUGUGUGUGUGUCCACACGGUUACACAGGAACUUCCUGUGAGACAUGUGCAGAAGGCUACAGGAGGGUUAAUGGGACUCUACACCAGGGAGUGUGUGAACUCUGCCACUGCCAUGGACACUCGUCGCACUGUGAUGACAUCACUGGACACUGCCUGGAAUGCAGACACCACACCAUGGGCCUAAACUGUGACGUGUGUGGCCCUGGUUACUAUGGCGAUGCCACCAGAGGAACCCCGGAUGACUGUCGGCCCUGCGCCUGUCCUCUCCGGACACCCUCCAACAACUUUAGUCCAACAUGCCACCAGGACAGAGACGGUCAGGUGGUCUGCGAUCGGUGCCGAGUGGGUUACGCCGGUCCUCACUGUGACAGAUGUGAUAACGGUUAUUUCGGCUCUCCUGGAGUUGUGGGCGGUUCCUGUAGUCCAUGUAACUGCAGUGGGAACUUGGACCUCUCUGUGCCUCGUAGCUGUGACCCGGUAACUGGGGCGUGUCUUCGUUGCCGUGGCGGUUACGCAGGACCAAACUGUGAAACCUGUGCAGACGGUUACUAUGGAGACGCCAUAGUGGCCAAGGACUGCCAACCGUGUGGGUGUAACAUUAAUGGCUCUGUGUCUGAGGUGUGUAAUAAAGAGACUGGACAGUGUCAGUGUCACCAGAAUGUCCUGGGCCGAGUGUGUGACGAGUGUAUACCGGGCCACUGGUUGGACUCUGGCAUGUGUAAGCCGUGUGUGUGUAGUGGGCGGGGCUCCAUGUCUCCGCACUGUGACUCUGAGGGCAGGUGUGUGUGUAGACCUGGCUUCGUGGGCCGCAGGUGUGACAUAGUGAGGAGAGAAACACAGCGGCCCAUCCAGAGAAUCCCUCUCAACCAGAACUGGGAGAACAGGAGGGGCUGCCCUCGGGGGGCUUACCCCACCCCCACGGGGCCAGGGACACACUUGCAGCCAGGCAGUGGGUGUGUCCCAUGUCACUGUAACUCGUUCGGUUCUAAGUCGUUUGACUGCAGCGAGAGCGGUCAGUGCCGCUGUCAGCCCGGAGUCACUGGACAGAAGUGUGACCGCUGCACUCCCGGACACUUCAACUUCCAGGAAGGAGGGUGCACACCGUGUGAGUGUUCUCAUGUGGGGAAUAACUGUGACCCAGGCACAGGACGCUGUCUCUGUCCUCCCAACACUGUGGGAGAUCGAUGUGAGAAAUGUGCCCCUAAUCACUGGGGUCACGACAUCGCCACUGGCUGCAAGGCGUGUGGCUGUAACGUGAUGGGUGCGGUCACUCAGCAGUGUAACGUGAACACAGGGUGUUGUUUUUGUCGUGAUCAGUUCACGGGUGAGAAGUGUAAUGAGUGUAAGCUCGGGUACAGGAACUUCCCACACUGCGUUUCCUGUGACUGCUCUCUCCCCGGAUCUAAUGCUGAAACCUGCAGCACUGAAGAGGGCAUGUGUGCGUGUGCUGAGAGGACGGGUCAGUGCUCCUGCAAGCUGAACGUAGAGGGUCUGAGGUGUGAGGUGUGUAAGAUCGGGACGUUCGGGCUCAGUGUGAGGAAUCCUCUGGGAUGCAGUCGCUGUUACUGCUUUGGCCUGAGCACGAGCUGCACCGAGGCCCAGGGACUGAUCCGCAUGAGGCUGACUCUGAUGCCGGAGCAAAAGGUGCUCCCCCUAGUGGACAAAGACAAUACUAAGGAGAUCACACUUGGGGUAACGUUCCAGUAUCCUGAAAUCAUCGCUAACGCUGAGGUGAUUCAUCAGGAACUCGCCGAGCCGUACUACUGGAAACUCCCCAAACAGUUCAGAGGCUCCAUGAUAACUGCAUAUGGAGGGAAACUAAAGUACACCAUUUAUUAUGAAGCUCGUGAUGAAACAGGCCACGCCUCCUAUGAGCCUCAGGUCAUCAUUAGGGGCGGAGCCAACAGGGACAAAGUCAUGGUACGACACAUGGUAGAGCCACAGAUCGGUCAGCUGACCCGUCACGAUAUCGACAUGACAGAGCACGAGUGGAGGCACCAGGACAACAAGCCCAUGACCCGAGAGGAUUUUAUGGAUGUUUUGUUCUAUGUGGAUUACGUUUUCAUUAGAGCCUCACAUGGAAAUGUCAUGAGACAAAGCAGGAUCUCAGAGAUCUCUCUGGAGGUGGCAGAAGAAGGCCGGCCAUCAGUGGAGAGCGAACGAGCGCAUCAGAUCGAGAAGUGUGAGUGUCCUCAGGGAUACUCCGGCCUCUCCUGUGAGGAGUGUGCAGCUGGGUUCUACAGGUUGUCCUCGCGUGUCUCUGGCUCCAGGUUCAGGUCAGGGAUGGGCAGCUGUGUUCGGUGUGAGUGUAAUGGCCACAGCAGCUCCUGUGACCCGGACACCGGCGUCUGUCAGAACUGUCAGCACAACACAGAAGGAGAGAAGUGUGAGAGAUGUUCUGCUGGUUAUUACGGUGUGGUACGCGGCUCUCCUGAUGACUGCAAACGCUGUGCUUGUCCUCUCACCAACCCUGCCAAUAAUUUCAGUCCUGCGUGUGUGACCGAGGGUUUUAACGAUUAUCGCUGUACCGCGUGUCCUGAAGGCUACGAGGGGAAGUACUGUGAGAGGUGUGCAACUAGUUACCAUGGCGACCCGCGGCGGCCAGGCGGGCGGUGUGAGGAGUGUGAGUGUGACCUGGUCGGCGCGCUGCCCGUUCCGUGUGACACACACACGGGCGCGUGUCAGUGCCGACCCGGAGCCACAGGCUUGAAGUGUGACCGCUGCAUGGAGAAGCAUGUGUGUGGACCAGCGGGCAUAGUGUCUUGUGAUGAUGACUGUGCUGGACUCCUGAUCAGAGACAUGGAUCGGUUGCUAACAUUGAUUAGCGGUGCAAAUCUGACGCUGCCCCUCCCCCCACCGUACGGCGCUCUCUACCGCGUCGAGAACAUGACCGAUGAGCUGAAGCACAUGCUGUCUCCUCACCGGGCUCCAGAGAGACUCCUGCAGUUGGCGGACAGUAAUCUUGGCAGUCUGGUCACUGAAAUGGACGAAUUACUGAGCAGGGCCACGAAAGUGUCAGCAGACGGAGAGCAGACUGACUCUGACGCCGAGAGAAGUCACAAACGAGCUGAAGAUCUCGAGCUGUUUGUUAAAAACACACUGCUUGCUGCUGAAGCUCUGCGUGAUAAAGCCCGGGAGCUGAAUGCCACUUUGGGUCGGAGGGACGGCGGAGUGGAGAAGAGCGUGAACGAGAUGCAGGAUGAGAUCAAGGCCAUGAUCACUGAACUCCGCACACGCCAACUCACGCACCCACACACACACACUGUGCAGGAGGAACUCAGGGCUGCUCAGGAUCUCCUGCUGAAGGUUCAGCGCAGCUUCGUGGCUCCUCACCGUGUCUCUGAGGAGCUGCAGCAGGAAGUGGACACCAAGCUGAGGGACCACCACCACAAACUGGACGGAGCUCAGGAGCUGCUGGACCAAGCUCAGGGCAAAACUGGACAAGCUCGAACACUGAACAGUGACAACCUGCGCAGACUGGAGGAGCUACGGAGGAAAAGGAAUGAAAACAAUAAAAAGAGGAAGGAGACGGAGGGAGUCCUGGAUGAUGGAGAGAAGAUCCUGAAUGAAGCUAACGCUCUCUCAGACAACGUCAACCGUGGCAUUGAGGAGAUGGAGGGGAUGGAGCAAGAGCUGGAACCCCUACAAGAUCGACUGGACUACAGAGUGUCCAAACUGGCUCGAGUCAUGGAGGACGACACACUGCCCGAACUCCUGCUCAGAGCCGAGAACCACGCUGGACAGCUGAACGACUCCGCCAGCAUACUGGACAGCAUCCUGGCUGAGGCUAAGAACCUCUCCUUCAAUGCCACAGCCGCGUUCAACGCCUACAGCAACAUCAAGAACUACAUCGAAGAGGCGGAUAAAGCAGCCAAGCAGGCCAAAGAUACGGCUACAGAGGCUGUGCAGCUGGCCACAGGACCGAAGGGCGCUCUGAAAGAUGAGGCUAAAGGCUCGGUGCAGAAAAGCCAGCGUCUGUGGAACGAGGCCAAGAACCUGGAGAACGUUGUGAAAGAGAAUGGAGAUAAUCUGGGAGUUCUGCAGCUCCGUCUCAAAGGCGCUGAUGCCAAGAACAAAGAUCUGCUGAAGGGCCUGAACGAAAACCUGGCAAUGCUCCGAGCCAUCCCCAACGACACGGCAGCUAAGCUCCAGGCCACGAAGCAGAAGGCGGGUAAUGCUAACGGCACGGCGCUCGAGGUUCUGGCUCGGCUCAAAGACAUGAACCAGAACCUGAUGGGUCUGAAUCGGAACUACAGCAAGCUGAAGGACGACAUCAACAAGGCCAACAACCUCAUCCAGGACCCUGAGAAAAACAUCCACGCAGCCGGUGCUAAAGUGAAGGAUCUGGAGGAUGAAGCCGAGCGACUGCUGGAGAAGCUGAAGCCGAUUCAAGAGCUGCAGGACAACCUGCGGAAAAACAUCUCUCAGAUUAAAGAGCUCAUUAAUCAGGCUCGCAAACAGGCCAACUCUAUCAAAGUGUCUGUGGCGUCCAGGGGAGACUGUAUCCGCACCUACAGGCCGGACAUUAAGAAAGGACGCUACAACACCAUCAUCCUGAACGUAAAGACGCUCGCCGCAGACAACCUGCUCUUCUACCUCGGCUCGGCUAAAUUCGUGGAUUUCCUGGCGAUCGAGAUGAGGAAGGGUAAGGUGAACUUCCUGUGGGACGUCGGGUCAGGGGUCGGCCGAGUGGAGUAUCCCGACCUCGCCAUUAAUGAUGGAAACUGGCACAGAAUCGAAGCCUCACGUGUGGGUCUGAAUGGCAGUAUUUCCGUUCGGCCCCUCGAGGGCCCCAAAGCGGGCAUCGUACCCACCUGGCAGAGUGCCAAGUCACCUGAGAGCUACACGGUGCUGGAUGUGGAUCAGAACGCUUACCUGUUUGUAGGAGGAAUGUUGGGCAGUAUAAAGAAAGCAGAUGCGGUGAAGACUAUCACAUUCUCCGGCUGUAUGGGAGAGACGUAUUUGGACGGUAAACCAAUCGGAUUGUGGAACUAUAGAGAGAGAGAUGGAGACUGUAAAGGAUGUGUGGUCAGUCCUCAACCUGCUGACUCUGAAGCUGUGGUUCAGUUUGAUGGUGAGGGUUACGCUGCAGUCAGUCGUCCAGUCAGAUGGAACCCCAACAGUUCCACAGUGACGUUCAAGUUCCGCACUUUCUCCACCAGCGCUGUGAUGAUGUAUCUCGCCACCAAGGACAUGAAAGACUUUAUGAGUAUCGAGCUGAGUGAGGGUCGUGUCAAGGUCAGCUAUGAUCUUGGUUCUGGUACUGGCUUCGCCCUCAGCCAGAAACGACAAAACGAUGGACGAUGGAAGUCACUCACCAUGACUCGCUCCAAAAAACAAGGCACUGUGAUCAUCCUGGACAUGGACUCGAACGAAGAGGAGAAACUUUCCAUACAUUCUCAGGGAGGAGCAACGGGUCUCAAUCUGAAGGAGGAUGAGAGGAUCUAUUUUGGUGGUUUACCAACCAUCGGGAACUACAGGCCCGAGGUGACCCUGAGGAGAUACGCCGGGUGUAUGAAGGACAUUGAAGUUUCCAGAACACCGUACAACAUCCUGAGCAGCCCAGACUACACUGGACUAACCAAGGGCUGCAGCAUAGAGAACGUCCACACGGUCAGUUUCCCCAGGCCCGGAUUUAUGGAGUUGAGUCCGAUGGUGUUUGAUGUCGGCUCGGAGAUCACGCUGUCCUUCAGCACCAAGAAUGAAAACGGCAUCAUCUUGUAUGGCCGAGGCGGAGUGACCACUUUGAGUCACCUCGUCCAGAGCACAAAGAACAUCCAGAACCGGAACCGUUUCCUGAACCCAGGCCGCAAACGCAGGCAGACCGGAGAGCCGUAUGUGUCAGUACAGUUGAAUAAGGGAGCUCUGGAGGUGCUGGUGUUCACGGGCAGUAAAAACCCUCGCCGGACCAUCAGAAAACCUGAUGGAGGGAUCUUACACGACGGACUGGAGCACUCACUGCGCCUCCGCCGCCACUCAGGAGGCUUAUUCUCAGUGCAGGUGGAUGAAGAGGAGCGACUGGAGCAGGCAUUAUCCAGUGAUCAGCCAAUCAUUAUUCAGAGGCUGUUUGUGGGCGGAGUCCCAGUUGACAUGGCAGGUGGCCUGCAGAGACCUGGUCUGCCGUUCGAGGGCUGCAUCUGGAACCUUCUGAUCAACACAAUCCCCAUGGACUUCUCCCAACCGGUGGCCUUCGAGAACGCUGAAAUUGGGCGGUGUCCUGAUGUAGCCCCACCCCCUCCUCCACCAGCUCCAGAAGAAGAGGAGGAAGAAGAAGAGGAGGAGGAAGUGACUCCGCCCAAAUUACCUGUAGUGAGACCACCACUACGUCCACCUUCCACUGCCACGCCUCCUGCUGAUGUCAUCACCGUCCCUGCCGUGCCUGAUGGCCAUCAAACAGCGGUGUCCUGUGCAGUGGAGGCGGAGCCUGAAGUGCUGCAAUUAGCGAAGCAGUUUGGUCUCUCGAGGAACAGCCACAUGGCCUUCGAGUUUGACGACAGGAAGGUGAAGAACAGCCUGAUCCUGGAGUUUGAGCUGAGGACAGAGGCGGAGUCAGGGUUGGUGUUUUACAUGGCCAGAAUAAACCACGCAGACUUUGCCACGGUGCAGGUGAAGGAGGGAAUGGCUCACCUGAGCUACGACCUGGGCAGCGGGAACACGUCGGUCAGCGUCCCGCGCAUCAUUAAUGACGGACACUGGCACAAGAUUAAAGUGCGUAGGGAAAAACAGAGAGGCUACUUGACUGUGGAUGGCCGUUACAUCAAACACACCAUCAGCCCGAAGAAAGCCGAUAUCCUGGACGUGGUGGGAACGCUGUACGUGGGAGGACUUCCUCUAAACUACACCACCAAGCGUAUAGGACCGGUGGUGUACAGCAUUAACGGCUGUAUCAGAAACUUCCAGAUGAAGGAUGGACCGAAGGACCUGGAGAACCCGAGCUCCAGUUACCGCGUGGGAUCGUGUUUCACUAAAACACAGAGCGGCUCGUACUUCAGCGGCACGGGAUUCGCUAAAGCAGUGAGCACCUACAGAGUCGGAAACGACCUCACCCUGGAACUGAACUUCCGCACCAGUACCAGUACCGGAGUUCUGAUCGGAAUCAGCAGCCAGGUCAUGGAUGGACUCGGCCUGGAGCUACUCAAUGGAAGGCUUCUCUUCCACGCUGAUAACGGAGUGGGGCGUGUCACCACUAUGUCCCAGGGGGCGGAGCUCUGUGAUGGACAGUGGCAUUCCGUCACCGCCCACAAACUGAAGCACCGCCUGGAGCUGAUUGUAGAUGGCAGAAAAUCCGAAGCAGCGAGUCCAGACGCUAGCUCCGCCUCCGCCGACACCAACGACCCCGUCUACGUGGGCGGAUACCCUGAGGGCCUGAAGCAGUUUGGUCUGACUGUCAACACUCCGUUUAAAGGCUGCAUGAGGAACAUAAAGCUGAUUAAAGCAGGAAAAGUUCUGGAGGUUCAGCUCAACAAAGCUCUGGAGCUCAAAGGGGUCCAGCCUCUCACGUGUCCUGCUGCCUAAACACACACACACACACACACACACACACACUUCUCUCAUCAGAAAGUCAUUUAGCUCUGAAGAAACACCAAAGAAAUCUUCUAUGAUGUAGAAGAAAAUUAACCCAAAUUAAAUGUUACAGGUGUGUGUGUGUGUGUGUGUAUAUGAGUGUGUGUGUGUGUGUGUGUGUGUGUAAAAUCACACUUGUCCUCCAUGUUGCAGUGAUUUUAGAAUGAACACACGCCUCAUAAACUGCUUAAGUUGUUAAUGGUGAGCGUUAAAAUCUGUCCAGUCUGACGGUCAGUGGUUUUAUUCAGCAGGGGUUGUGUAGCUUUAGACACAACUUUCUCACAUUACUUAAGCAUCGUUUCAGGAGAUUUGUAUCUUCACCUGAAUAUAAAUAAAAACCUCUGUGUGCUUUUACUUCUCAUUUUACUUCUGUGUUUUAACAUC